AUGCYUGCCAUCCCGCCAAAUGACGAGUUUCCCCGGGCUCAUGCCGGCUUCAGCGGGCAGGCAUACUCCGUACGUACACCUUUGCUGUCACAUCGCGCGUCUACCGCAAUUGUGCCAGAAGAAAAAUACCAAUCACACGGCCUGCGUGUCAGUGGGGUUUUUACCCUCUCUGCCUUGUGGCCUCUCGAGCGGGACCUGUCUGCAGAGUGCAAACGCGGAACAUUCGAUGAGGCUGCAAUGCGUGAACUGCUCGGAGUCAAGACCGCUUCCGGCGGCGGGAAACACGCAAAGCCCGAUCAACCUUCCCACGGCCCACGGGCAGUUCGUCCUACUUUACUCCGUAAGGUAUACCCCAGCACCCGCCUCGCUUAUACCUACGCUUGCAACAGAAACGCCGAAUUUUCCAAUGAUGUCACUCUGAUCUGCUUCAUGGCUGUUUAG